AUGAAUCAGGUACUGGUCGUCGGAGCCACUUCAGGAAUCGGUCUCGCUCUUUCGGAGAAGAUGUUAUUGGAAGGCGUUACCAAAAUCGUAGCACUCGGUCGUCGUCAAGAAAAAUUAGAUGAUUUACAGCAGAAACAUGGAGAGUCUAAAGUAUCAACUGUGAAAUUCGAUAUCACGAAUCUUGAGGGUAUUCCCAAGAUGAUCGAAGGACUUCUUAAAUCCAAUCCAGCACUUGACUGCGCAUUCCUCAAUAGCGGUAUUCAACGCUCUCUCGAUUUCACAAAACCCGAAUCUAUCGAUCUUGAAUUAAUAUCUUCUGAAUUCACUACUAAUUAUCUCUCCUAUGUGCAUCUUACUAAAGCGCUUCUCCCACAUUUACAAAAAAGAGCAAAGGGUGGCGAAGAUGCAGGAUUGAUAUUUACAACGAGUGGGUUGGCACUAGUGCCGAUUUUGAGAUGUGGAAAUUAUUGUGCUAGUAAGGCUGCUAUGCAUCAUUUGAUUUUGGUUAUGAGGGAGCAGUUGAGAGAUUUGGGUGAGGAGGAUGUUGAUAAUGAUAAUGAGAGACGGGGGAAAGGGACUUCAGGGAGUAAGGAAAAGAAUGGUGUGAGGGUUGUGGAAAUUUAUCCGCCUUCGGUACAGACGGAACUUCAUGAUGAGAAACAUCAGCCGGAUAUUAAGAAUGGGAGGGAUAUAGGAAUGCCGUUGGAUGAGUUUACGGAGGAGGCGUGGAUGGGGUUGGAGAGGGGUGAUGAGGAUAUUCCGGUCGGGACGACGUUGAGGGGUUUUGGGUAUGAGGUGGUUGAAUUGGGGAGGAAGAAGUUGUUUGGGGAGAUGAUGGAGAAGAUGAAGGGCUAG